AUGUCUGUUCCGAAGACACACAAAACUGACGGUGAGGCGAACCAAAAACCUGAGGUACUCCGUGUCUUGCCCUACAUGAGGAACGUCUCUGAGGCCACUGAGCGUAUGCUAAGACCACUUAACGUGGGCGUUGGACACCGACCGGAAGCCACCAUCCGCCGAUUAGUCAUGCAGCCAAAGGGUAGGCUGCCCCCUGAGGACAUGUCCGGUGUCAUUUACCGCGUCAACUGCCUAGACUGUCAGGCCAACAAUUGCGGCAUGACAAACAAACGACUUCAAACGCGCAUACAUGAACACACCUUAGCCGUCAAGCGGAAAGAUGCGCGCUCACACGUCGCCAUGCACAGUCUGGAAAAUGACCACCGGUUUGACUUUGACGGCGCCCAAGUGCUCGGCCGAGCGGAAAACAGACUGGCGCGAGAAAUAAUCGAGGCCUAG